CAAUCCUCUUCUACGAAAAGUCUUUCUCAUUUUCAUCUGCUCGACAGGACAAUGAUCUGUCCGAGCUCUCCAUCUUCUGUGUACGUGUCCUCCAUCCUCUUGACCAAUCUGCAAAUACCCAAUUCAAUUCACGAUUCGGUACCCGCAAUUCGAGAUGGGUCCGCAGAAAAGUGAUCAAGGCAUGCAUGGACGAGCUAUUUCGUGUGCACAGAGAUUGCACGUCCGAGGCGGUGAAGCCUCAGGAGAGCGCGAAUGAGAGACACACCGUGAUGAGGAAGGACAGGACGGAGAUGGCUGUUACUGCUCAUUCGGCAAUGUCCUUCUUCGAGAAAGGUAAGGCGCGAGGGUUCACCAGUGAAGAGGCAUCAGCGGCGCUCAGUGCACCAGGCGGAGCGAAUACACCGCUCAUGAUGCUCGACAAGGGCUCAAAGAGAUUUGCCAUUCGCGCCAAGUCUGACCGCUGUUUGCGUUCCGAGCAGAAGCGAGCGCGAUGUCGUGUAGCACUUGCAUCGGGAGGAUUUUUUAGCCAAAGGUUUUGCGACAUGGGAUGCUUGUGGGCACAAGUUUCAGAUCAGGGUGCUCAUGGUGAUGCUGUGGAUAGCAAGCGUCGUUGGCAUCACAGAUCGCUUCGGCUUGGUUGAGACGAGGGUCGAGCAGCGAUGGUGGAAUGCCGUGAGGCCCGGAGAGGGGGCUUGAAACUGCGUCGCUUCUGAUGAUGCGGGGCUGA